AUGGCAACCUCGUCCGACAACAACGACGUCAAGGCCUCGGCCAAGGACAAUGCCUCUUCCGACAUCCAUGACAUCAAGGCUUCGGUCAAGGACAAUGCUGCCGGCGUCUAUGCCUACGGCCAGCGCCAGAUCAAUCGUGUCGUCAGCUUCGACACUAGGCAGAAAGCCUACGGCGACGUUUCCGACUUCGCCCAAAGGAAGCCUCUUCUUUUCUCCUUCAUCGUCGCCCAGCUGGUCUUCUCUUCCUUGCCCAUCAUCGCCUGCUUGACUUUCGCUUUCUCCACGAUCGUCUUCGCCCUGGGCGCCGCCGUCAUCUUCACCCUUUUCUGGGCUUGCGUCGCCCUACUCUUCCUCGUGCCUACCCUCUUCUUCACAUGCUCCGUUGGCAUCGUCGUCUGGAUCUGGGCAGCCGGAAGCUUCUUCGUCGUCAAAUGGCUGUACGAGAUGUCUCCGGUGAGCACUAAGGGGGAGAUUCGCGUCGACGUACCGAACGGUAACACGCACGCCAUUACCAAGAACGAGGGUGGGAUUGAUGUACACACGGUGCAGAAUUGA